AUGAAUACUACACGAAGCGGUCGUGCUCAGCCACCCGCAGCACAGAACGGCUACGAGCAUCAUGGCACCCACGACGAGGACAUCUUGGUACACCUCAACACACAGUUCGACGACGAACAUGGCGGUCAAGAAAGCAGACAGUGGGACAGCGGCACCCAGCAAGCCGUGCGACGAGCAAUCACGAAGCGGAGCUCGAAGUCUUACUCUGCACGCAUGUCCCGGCAAAAGAGCCGGAAGCGGGACAUGUUUGGAAGGCAGGGCAAGCCCGGCAUUACAGUCGACACCAGUUUCGCUCGGCACCGGGGUACUCAACCACACCAAGUGUUUCCUCAGGAGGAGAUGAGGAGUGGCGGAUCCAUCAGGAAGCAAAGCUGGUUCAGCGCUGGACGAGCAUCCACCAGGAAUAAGGGUCUCGGAAUAACGAAGGGCACCCCGCAACCAGGACGAACGCACCGAGCUAAGCCAAGUGUGGACGGCAGCGACAUGUUGACAGCGAUUUCUAUGACACCAGGCAGCAACACGUGGAAUGAAAUUUCACCCUGGGAUCGCCGCAUCCCAAUAGGCAUCUCUGUCCCUACAGACAGCGUCUCCGAUUUCAGCUCAUUCAACGGGGCCCGUAUGCGAUCGGGGAGCGACGCCACUUUAGUCACUCCCAGCAUUAUCAUUACUCCAGCAGAAGCUAUGAAGUCGGUCAUGCCGAGGCCGAAAGACGACGCGGCGAGCACACCGAACCACAACAGGAACGAUACACUCGACUCCAACGGGACCGCCUUCGAAGAGGAUGACGAUGUGAAGCGAAACCAACGGAUAAUGUCUACGGGCACCGUUUUCGAAGAGGAUGAAACACCAUUGCGGGAGAGGGCGUUGGACACACCGAUAGCCGUUGACACAUCCUUAGUUCCAACUCCACGUCGGUCACAAGGAUGGUGGAACUUCAUCACAACGCCGUUUGUGACAACACCUAAUACCGCGGUUUUCCCACCUACCGGACGGGGCGAGGAGACCACGCCAACCGUCCCGAGUGUACCUGCAGGUUACGGUAUAAGGCGAGAGGUGUCACCCGCGAACAGUCAUGCAGCUAUUUUCGACUCGACGCCCAGGUUACCGAACACCACUUCAAACGACGCGUCGGCGACGUUGAUGCCACAAAACACUACUGUGAACAACUCCGUCGUGGUAGAACAAAACCAGACAUCUAAAUCCACGUCCGAUCGAGGUGUUCCUUCACCUGCCAAAGUUCUCAUGCCGCUACAAAUAGAAGAGCAGCCUCGCACUAUCAAUAUCAACAUCGAACUUCAAGACCGCCGCGCGAACGCAGGUGCUCAAACGGCUUAUGGCAAUGCGAACAGCCUACCUGUGGGACACUACAGUCACACGUCUUCGCCAGCAACGCAAGCGAACAACACAACAGCGCCGAUUUCGAGACCCAAUGGUUCUCCACAGAAUUUGCCAGUCUUUGCACCUCCUCCAUCUCACGCAAUCAAGAGCUCCCAUUUCAGCUACGAUAAUAUCAGCCGAGCUAGCUCACCUGCGUCGACACAUGAGCUCAAGGGAAAGAAGCAGAAGAAGCACAGGAAAGUCUGCGACAUGAUGAGUUUCCUGCCAUUCGGCAAGCGUAAACAGCAAAAGAAGGACGAAGAGAAAAAGAAGAAGAAGAAGGGUUGGUGCUUCUGGGGCUGCUGUUGCUGUCUCACGUUUCUCGUUCUUAUUGCGAUACUCAUUCCAUUGACCGUUGUUCUGACUAGGAGACGUGAUGACGCGCCCACUGUAACACCUGGAUCAUCAGGCGCCCAGCCAGAUCAGCCUGGGAACUCAGGAUGGCUGAACUUGCCAAACUACCCUCCCAUCCCUACCGGCAUAUCAACUAUCGCGCAACCCGAAGCGGUGAAGGAGGAAAGCGGAUGUGUUGCACCAACUACUCUGUGGAGCUGCGCACUGCCAAAAGAGCUACAGGAGUCCAUCAAGCCAAACAAGCCAGAUCAACCAAACUUUAGGAUUCAGAUCACAUACGACAAUGGUACCAAGGCAUCUCCAACCAAGAGAGCUGCCAAUCCAGUGUCCGCAGGUGCCUUCAUUCGAUCACUGCUCAAGAUACCUCCUCCGAGCGAUGCGGACAUGAGCUUCCUGGGACAGACCACUGAUGGGAACAUGGCGCCGUUUGAUGGCGAAGACACUCCACUCUUCAUCAGCUUUCAGGACUCGAAGAGGAGCGCGGCUAAGCUCAAGCGUGCUAACGCAAAUGAUCCGACGAACAUCACAGCAGUGAUACCACCUCCUAUGCUUGACUCUGACGGGACUGCUGCUCCAGCGAACCUCAUUCCACUACCUUCAGCGCAGCCUCUCCGACUGUAUAACCGUGGGGCUGACAACGAGCAUUACGGCUUCUACACGUACUUUGAUCGGUCCAUCUUCCUAAAGCAAAUCAACGGCACCAACCGCGGAGGUAACCCUGCAGAUGUCGACGGAGGCAGCGCAAAGUCUGCGGCCAGCCUUCGAUGUACCUUUUCCGAGACCCGCUUCCUAGUACAGAUCUGGACACGCAGCAAGACUAGCAAACCCCUACUACAGGGCUCGGCCCAGAGUGGACCAGAUUCCACCAAACGACCAGGCACAUUUCCGUACCCAGUGACGGUCACGCUCGACCGACAUGGAGGAAAUCCCGCAAAGAAGAACCUGUAUUGCUAUCAGAUGGAGAGCGACGGCACGAUUCAGAACAAGGACUCAAAGAAGUCAUUUCAGUUCGAAGAUCGGGCAUUUGGUGGCAACCUGGUCAACGGUACGCAGGGCAAGACUAGCGUAACGGGGCCGAUUGACGGAGGUACGGGAGGCUGCCGCUGUCAGUGGCAGAAUUGGCUGAGCUAA